AUGGCCGAGCCCAAAUGGAAGCGUAGCAAUACACUCUCGCGAGUGAUGGAUGGAAUAUCUAAAAGCCGAGAAGUGUUGACCAAUACAGCAGAAACCAGCCAGAAACAAGGCGUUACAAUAGAUAGAUUUAAAUCCGCAGCAGACACACCUGUAAAUCAGGCAUCACAAACAACGCAAUGGAGGCCUCCACUUCAGCGACAUUUAAAUGCCAAACGAGAGGUACAGUUUAUUAGCAUUCGUGUGCGUGUCCUGAAUGGAGAUGCCGAGCACGAUUUUCAAGCCCGUUUUGAGCCUGGUAACUUGCAAGCCGAGGUUGUUACUGAAGCCAUUUCUGAAAAAGAAGGAUUGUCAUCUCAGGAGGCUAAUCUUUUUGGACUAUGGGUCGUGUCGAAAGAUCUAGAAUUGCAACUUCGUCCCAAGCAGGAUAUUUUUGCUUUGAUGAUCUUUUGGAAUCGAUGGAUGAUGAAAUACACACAUUUUCCUGAAGCAGAUAACCCAUCUCAUCCCAUAAACCGACAUUGGUUUAUAUAUCGUCGUGAAGCAGCUGCAUCUCUUGUAGAAGAAACUGGACAUCCUUCCGAUCCUGUUAUUCGACUGCUAUACGGAGAAGCCAAGAGAAAUGUACUUACACGACGAUGGAUCUGCACCCCAGCAGAUGCAGCAGCUUUAGCCGCCAUACAACUGCAGAUUAUUUAUGGUGAUUUCAACGAGGGAAAGUUUCCACCCGGAUCACUAAUAAACGAUGAUCGUUAUGAACAAUUGAUACCGGUUCGAAUGCCUGAAAAAAUGAAACCGGUUCAAUGGGAAGAGGCCAUUUUAAAAAGCUACAAACAGUGGCAAGGAUUAGAUUCUCGAGAAGCAAGAAAUACGUAA